GCUGCUGCUAGUAUGUAGAGGUAGUUCUGUCAAGUCAACAGCAGAAACGGUUCGAUAACCGUGCGUGACUACCUGUCCAGCCCGUAACGCUCCCAUUUCUCCACUGUGCUGUUGAGGUUGUGCUGUGGUUUCACCUUCACCUUCACCUCUCUCUCUUUCUUCAUCUCAGCCUCUGUGUGGCUGCCGUUUGGCAGAAGGCCUGUCAUGAAGAAGUGAGAGCCUCACGGCAGUAUACACGGGGCGAGCCUAGUCACCACCAGCCAGCUCUGAAAGGUGUCCGGAUAUCAGUUUUUUUUCGCAUUGCUUCAUUCCUUCGAGUUGUGAUUUUGUGACCCAGUGGAAAAUGUUUGCAUUCGGCUGGUUCUGCGCCCGGGGAAGAUAGAAUGUCCGAGUCGUACCCGCUGCACGAGUGCGUUUUCAAGGGCGACACCAGGAAACUAUCCCAGCUCCUGCGGUCGCACGAACCCACGGAAAAGGACAAACAUGGCAAUACACCACUGCAUCUUGCGGUUAUGCUGGGCAGGAAAGGUAAGUUUUCAUGUGUGUAAGCAGCAAUGCGAAGUGAUAUGCGACAGUUUUAUGACUG